AUGGCAGCCCGUCAAGUAUGCCUUGGCGUGCUCGCCGCAACCCUGGCAAUGGCGAUGGCGACAUCCACCUAUCGUAUCGGUGUCGUGCAUAACAGCUACCAAUCAGUUGCUGAACUCGAUAUGAAAGCCACCUUCGAAUCCCUCGGCAUCAACUACACCUUUGUCGUUGGAACCAUGGGCGAGCUUCGCGAGGCUGUUCGCCUCAGUGAGGUCGACUUGAUUUACAGCCAACCCGAUCUCCUGACAUGCUUGGACACCGAGUAUGACGUUCGUCUCCUGGGCACCGUCUCUCGGAUUGAGCGAGUUGGUGAAAGCCUGAGCGUGGCUGGCGGAGUCAUCUUCACUCGCUUCGAUGAUCACAUCUCCCAUGUCACAGACAUUACAGAUCACGUGAUUGGCGCCGUUAGCCCCGAUUCCCUCUUUGGCUACAUGGCCCAGCGUCGAGAGUUGCUUGAUCAAGGCAUUCAGCUCCUGCGAGUGGCCAAAGCCGAAGAGCUCUCGCUCGUGGUUGAUAAUUCAAGCGGUUGGAGUUGCGGUGAGCUAGCCAGUGAUCUCUCUGGCUUGACUUGCCCCGAUGGCUACAAAAUGACCGCCAACACGACCUGCGGUGUCGAGGCCGGCUUUGUCUGUCCUGAGCGCGCCAACGUCACCUAUCUUUGCGCGUGCAAUCCCUGUGAGCCCAUCUGCGGAAAGAAUGAGGUUUUCGCCUCAGAUGGCUCCUGUGACUGCCAAUCGGGAACAAUCAGAAUAGGUUCUUCUUGUCAAAGCGUGGGUUUGGCUAUUGCCCAAGUCGUUGCGCCUAUCUUGGUGGCUCUGCUCAUCCUCAUUCUCUACUGCGCCCACCGCCAACGCCGCAAAGCCGACGGCAUCUGGCAAAUCAAAGCAGAUGCUCUCAUCUUUGACAACCCCCCUGAUGUGCUUGGUGCCGGCUCUUUUGGCGUCGUUUUGGCUGCCAAGUAUCGUGGCGAGCGAGUCGCCGUCAAGCGUGCCUUUGCACAUAGCCGAAGCCGCGGCAAGUCCAAAGCGACUCAAUCACGCUUCAAGCGCACAGCCACCUCGGGUUACUCGGAGACAUUUGCUACAAUGCAGGCCCGUGAUCGGGCAGUCAAGGCCCGCCUUCGAGAUUUUUUCGUCGAUGCAGAAGCCAACGCCCACAACAGCUCUCGCGCUGUGGGUAAAGCAAGUCAAAUUGGUUCCGAAAGCAACUCACGCCCACAAGUGCCAUGGUACACUCGUAUUUUUCACCCCACGGCGGGCACGCGCGCACGUAACCAGCUGAUUCAAGAGAUGCGCACCCUGAGUCGCCUGCAACAUCCCAACAUCACGCAAAUGCGUGGUGCCGUCAUGGAGUCAGGAAUGGAGCCGCUGAUGGUGCUUGAGUACAUGGAAAUGGGCUCACUCUACUCGAUGUUGCACAACGAGGCCAUGAGCUUUGACGACGACUUCCGUUAUGACGCCGUAUUCGACAUCAUCAGUGGAAUGCGCUAUCUGCACAGCAGCGAGUUUACUCACGGUGACCUCAAAGCCAUGAACUGUCUAGUGAACGCCAAAUUUCAAAUCAAAGUAGCAGACUUUGGCAUGGCAGCUCGUGUGAGCAGUCGGGGUCAGCGGGGCGGUACCUUGGCUUGGAUGGCUCCUGAGGUUCUGAUGGGAGGAGUCAUUACACAAGCCAGCGAUGUGUACAGUUUUGGUGUGACGAUGUUUGAGAUUUUCUCUCGGGAAGACCCGUAUGAUGAGGCUGGACUAGACUCGCAAACGCUUGCCCAGCACAUCAUUCGCCGCAAACUACGUCCUGGCAUUCCAGAGAACAUGCCUCCCGAGUUCUCGGUGCUCAUGAACGAGUGCCUUUUGGCCGACCCCGAUACUCGCCCCACCUUCAUUGAGCUGCUGCGUCGUACCGAGCCACUCGAGGGCAAGAUGAAGGCCAGUUCGCGUAAGGGCAACCCGGCCUUCCAGGACAACGCCUUACUGGAGCAAGUCUUCCCCAAACACAUUGCAGCUGCCCUGCGCGAGGGUCGGCCCAUCGAGCCGGAGCACCAUGCCGAGGUGACCAUCUUCUUCUCGGACAUUUGUGGCUUUACGGACAUGAGCGCUACGCUGGAGCCGGUGCAGGUGUCCAACAUGCUGGAUCGCCUGUACACAAAGUUUGAUAAGCUGUGCGACCAGCACGGGCUGUACAAGAUUGAGACGAUUGGGGACGCGUACAUGUGCGUGGGCAACCUGUUUACGCCUCAGCCGGAUCACGCGGCGCGUGUGGCGCGGUUUGCGAUGGAUGCGAUGGAAGCCGCCAAUGCGAUUCCGAUUCUGGAGGACGAGCCGGAUGGUGCCCACAUUGACAUUCGUGUGGGCUUCCACAGCGGACCUGUUGUGAGCAACGUGGUGGGGACGUUGACGCCGCGAUUCUGUCUGUUUGGAUCGACAGUGAAUUGUGCAUCGCGGAUGGAGAGCAACAGCGUGCGGAACUGCAUUCACAUGUCGCCGGAGGCGGCAGCGCUGGUGCAGAAGCAAGAUGUGUCGCUGAAUGUGAUUCGUCGUGACCCGAUGGUGACGAUCAAGGGCCUGGGCAAGAUGCAGACGUACUGGCUCAAUAAGGAGCCCAAGGCCGACGAUGUGGAAGCGUCUGCACUUGAGCCACCGCGUCGCAAGCGCCUGAGUAGCACUGCGUCCAUUCGUACGGCACGCAUUUCUGGCGUGUCUCACCAACAUCAUCUGACUGAGAGUGCGUCGAAGCGCGCCUCAAUGGACGCCGACCUGAUCCUUGGGUCACAGGCAAAGAAUGUGCCUCAGCGGGCUCGCGUGAUGUUUGACGAUGUGGCGAUUGAUAUGGUGCCCGUCAAUGCGAUGGAAGCGGCAUCCCCUGAUAAAGCCGAAGAGCGUGCUGACACCCCACAGACUUCCAACACGGAUAUUGACACGGCCACGGACUUGGGCGAUGUACCGAUGCCCGAUGCCAACGGAACUACUGACGAUCACGGAACGGGCAAGACGGUGGCUGACAGCGUCGUCUGA